GUCGCACCACUUGAAACCCCAAAUACCUGAUAAAGUGUGCGGUUGCUGAUUUGACAGGAUGUUGAGGUUAUCGAUGCUUCUAGAUAAUGUCUCAGGAAGAACAAAGUGAAGGAAAUUUACAACCGGCUAGAAUAUCCGUAACAGAAUUGGCUUUCCUUCUGGCAUUAUUGAGAAACGAAGAUAUGUUCAGCAGUAUACAUUAUUUCAUCCUGAUACCAUCGCUCCUUGUGAAUUUCCAAACAAGAGCAUUUAGCGUAGUAUCACCAGGAAACGAAAAUAUAACAGCGGUUACAAAUAGCACAUUAGUAUUGGACUGUGAGAGACCGCUGGGGAAAACAUGGAAACCAAAUGACCGAUAUACAAAAAAUACCUCGAAUUCAUUGAAUAGCGGAAGCCAACGGAACAGAGUAUUAUGGAAGUUGAACGAUACAAUCAUAAGGAACAACAGCGAAAUGUUAGAAAUCCGACCAGUGACCCUAGAAGAUCGAGGCGUAUAUGGUUGCUACGAAAACGGAGAACUUGUAAAAUCGUACAACCUAACUGUAUUGGAACCACCGUACUUUUACAAGAAAAUGCAAAAGCUAGUAGUAAAACCUGCUGGUUACAUGGUCAGACUCAACUGUAAGGCUGGAGGUACGCCUUUACCGAAUAUAACAUGGUCCAAAGACGACAUAUCUCCCCCGAAAAGAGGAUUCGGUGAAAUCAAGACCAACCAUUGGUCGCUCACGCUAGAAGAUUCUGUCCCAAAUGAUAAAGGAAAUUAUACCUGCGUGGUAUGCAAUGUUGUAGGAUGCAUCAAUUUCACGUUUGUGGUGGAUAUUGUUGAGAGAUAUCACAACACACCGAUUUUAACAACAGGCCUUGAAAAUACCACAAUAACAGUCGGUUCCAAUAUUUCGUUAGAAUGUAAGUUUGUGUCUGACUUGCAUCCCUAUAUAGUGUGGACUAGGCCAAGAUUUGAAUUAGAUGCUAAUCCUAAGGUGGUUCAGAAAAGUGACGAUGGAAAUAUAAAUCCAGAAAUAUUCGAGAUAGUCAAUGUUACCCACGAACAUGAGGGCUGGUAUGCUUGCCUAGCAUCGAAUGCUCUUGGCACUACUAUAUCAAGAGCGUAUUUGACAGUCGUGGAUGAAGAACCUACAGAUCCAACAAAAGAAGAGCCAAAGAAAAUUUGGAUGAUCGUAAUAGUUAUAGGUGUUGUGUUAGUAUUUGUUGGUUUCCUCAUAUCGUGUAUAUGUAUACACUAUCGUCAAAAAAUAAAACGCGAGAAGAGAGAAAAAAUGAUAGCAGUGGAAACAGCAAGGGCAGCAAUCGUUACCCAAUGGACUAAGAAGGUGAUAAUAGAAAAAAUUACUAGUGCAUCAGAAAACGUGUCAGAGCCAUUGCUCAUGCCAGUAGUGAAAAUCGAAAAACAAAAGUCGAAUGCCUACGCUUCAGGAGAAGGCAUGAUUUCGGAAUAUGAACUUCCAAUGGAUUCAGAUUGGGAGAUACCAAGGAACAUGCUGGUAUUGGGCAAAAAUCUUGGAGAAGGUGCUUUUGGAAAAGUGGUGAAAGCCGAAGCAAUGAAUCUACUGAAGCCUGGACAAACCAGCACUGUAGCAGUAAAAAUGUUAAAAGAGGGUCACACAGAUAACGAAAUGAUGGAUCUGGUGUCAGAAAUGGAGAUGAUGAAAAUGAUAGGAAAGCACAUAAAUAUAAUAAAUCUGUUAGGAUGUUGCACACAAGGAGGACCACUGUAUGUCGUUGUAGAAUAUGCACCUUAUGGUAAUCUGAGAGACUUCUUAAGGCAACAUAGACCUUCGUCCGGCUAUGAACUAGCUGUUGGGGAGAAAAAAGAGAAGAAAACUUUGACGCAAAAGGAUUUAGUUUCAUUUGCUUACCAAGUUGCUAGAGGGAUGGAGUAUUUGGCAUCUCGUCGAUGUAUACACAGAGACCUCGCAGCAAGAAACGUACUAGUUAGUGAUGACUACAUUUUGAAAAUAGCCGAUUUUGGGUUAGCUAGAGACAUACACUGUAACGACUACUACAGGAAAACAACGGACGGAAGGCUACCAGUGAAAUGGAUGGCUCCAGAAGCUCUUUUCCACCGAGUUUACACAACACAAUCCGAUGUUUGGUCAUACGGAAUUCUUCUAUGGGAAAUUAUGACUUUAGGAGGUACCCCAUAUCCAUCAGUGCCGAGUGUAGAGAAGUUAUUCCAACUUCUCAGGAACGGCCACAGAAUGGAAAAACCACCUUGUUGUUCGCUAGAAAUCUACAUGUUGAUGAGAGAAUGUUGGAGUUACCAGCCAAACGAGCGUCCGGUAUUUUCUGAGCUUGUUGAGGACUUGGAUAGAAUUCUAACGAUAACAGCAAACGAGGAAUACCUGGACUUAGGUCUUCCACAACUUGAUACUCCAUCAUCAAGUCAAGAAUCCAGUGUUGAUGAAGACUUCAAUUUUCCACAGAUCAGCUAGUCAUUUCGAUAUGUAACAAAUUGUUGUUCAGCUUUUGCGUUUAUUGUAACACCAAACAAAAUAUCAGUAUUAUGUCAAAAAAAAAAUCUGUGCAAGUCAUAGCAAGAAGCUGUGAAUCUCCGAAAGAGACUGAAAAGAUCAGAUGUAAACUGCUUCAGAGUGCGGAUAAGCUCAGAGCGGUUUAGUAGCAGUUGAUCUCGUCAGAUAUACGUAGAAUUCGAAGCUAGGUUGGUCAGAUUUUAAGGAAUAUUUGAGAACCAUUCGUUUUGUUAGCCUUAAAUAGCACCUAUCGAACCGUAUGCAUCUAUAAGAGUAGUUUUUUGCAUUCCCAUAAUAAACUGUAGAUAGUAUUUUAACCAUUUCCGCAACGAAUAAGGAUCUUGUUACGAAAUCUGUCUGUCCUUACGGGGAAAACGCCGCUUGCUGAUUUAUCCACUUCCCGUUCUAAAUCAACAUUUUAUGUCGCGCUGAUCUAUCCGCUUCCCGUUAGGAAUGACUAUACUUCUUUGUAUUUUUUAUUACAUUCUCUAACAUUGCAAUCUCCAUAACAUUUUCAUACAAAAACGUUAUUCAAAAAUACAAAUACAUAUAUUUAUGUAUAUAACAAAAACAUAACGUAAGUAACAAAAUCUGAAUAUACAAAUGCAAGGUUUAAAAUGUUACCACAGUGUUGCACUUCGUCGCCGGGUUGCAGACGUUGCACAUUUUGCCGAUGGUAAGAAUGUAAAACUUCCCGACUUAAAAUUCUCCACGCGAGACUUUGUGAACAUGGUAACUGGGCUAAAAUCCGCCUAGUACUUGUACCAGGAUCAUCCAACGCCAAAUUUAUGACUUCCAGUUCCUCUUGAACAGUAUGCCGGACACCAUGGCCUCUAACUACCGGAAGUUUGGUCUUAGAAAUGAACGCGUAAAGACCUUUGGGGUAGGUUGUCGUCUGUUAGGAAAUCUACGUUGAUGCUCCCGAAGAGCCGCUAAAGCAUUUCCAUCACAGAACCCGUACACAGAAAUAAUAUCGGCGUACUCAUCAUUGCUAAAUUCCAUAUCACAACACUCAAAAAUGGAAAACAGAAACUUUUGACUUGACUUUUACAAAAAAAAAUUGUAGUAGUACCGAUAACAACCGUAUAACUUUGACGAACAAUCUCCCAAGAAACGUCAAGUUGGUAAAACAUACAUUUAUGGUCAGUGGCGGAUCUAUCAGCGGGUCACAAGAAAAAUACACAAUACAUUCACCAAUAUUAAUUCUUUUGUGCCUCAGAAGCACCGAUACAGUUCCCCCCCGUUCUUCAAUUUCAAAUCGCUGACACAUCCCGCUCUGUAAGUCCCCAAUCGACCCAAAGAUUCGCCCUGUUCAUGGUAUUUCAUCUUCCCCAUAAAGAGCACCAAAAUAAAACAGAGGUGCUCAAAACAUUGGAAUUUCAUUAUUCGUACAAAAUAAUAACUAUUGUACCUGAUUAUAGAGCAUAUAAUGCCGAGCUGAAGAGAUUUGACUUCGUGAUUUUAUGCAAAAAAAAUUACAGAAGAUUGCACCUAAAGAGUAAAAUGAAGGAAAUCGUGUUGUAAAUAUAGUUUUAGGAUAUUUUUGUUGGUCCGCAUUUAUUCCUUAAAAAAUGCCCUCUAAGCAUGUAAUCGUUAAGUUGUGUAAUAUAUAUGUAAUAUCGUUUCCACUUGAUGGCAUGCUUUAGAUUUGAGCAAGUCAAUGAUUAAACAAAUAUUAACAGAUGUAACACAAUUAUUGAUUUUUUAAUAAUUGUCAGUUUUUAAUAAGUAUAUAUGUGACUGUGAGUCCCAAUAAAGUCCAUUGAAACCAGUA